GCCGUGUCGCGUCUUUCUCGCGGCAGUUGAAUCGUUGUGUCAGUGGGCAGUCUGUGUGUGGUACGGCGAGUGGUGCGGAGUGGAACCGGGGCGAGAGCUAGUGCAGGACAGCGGCGCGUUCCGGUCUUAACUCUCUCUCUCUCACACACACACUUCUUCUUUUUUUUUUUUUAAAUUUGGUUCGUCGAAAACCUGUUAAAAUAUCCGAAUGUCGGAUCUGGAGUUUGGCCGCUUGUGAGCGACGGUUGGAAUCGGAUUUUAGUUUGUUGUUGUUGUUGUUUGUCAGAGCGCGAGAAGAAAGUCGACGGUUGGAGCGACGGCGCGCGCGCGGCUGGAAAGGCGUUGCAGCCUGAGAGUCAUUUCCUCUAACACAGAGUCAGGUCACGGAGUGUGCACGGUCUGGACGUGUUCCUCAGGGCUGGGACUUCAUCGUGCGGGGAUUUAGUGGAGACAAAAGGUAUAACGGAUGUAAUAGGAGGAUUCCUGGUUUUUUGUAACGAGUUCAGAGCUGUCAGUUCCACCCAUAGACUCCAUUUCCAUCUGAUUGCUCUUAUUCUACAGCGUGCAUCUGGAGAUCAACAGCUUUCAUUAGAGAUCGCGUGUAAAUCAGUGGUUUAUUCGUGUAACAUUGGGGUGCAGUAUGACUAGUAAUGUGUUGCUACAUUGUCUGAAGGCUGUGAGAGUGAAAACAGACUGAGUAACCAAAAUAACCCAGCAGAAGUCUUUAGAGAUCUUGUUAGAGAUCUUGUUAGAGAUCUUGUGAGAGAUCUGAAGCUCGGAGCUUUUUUCCCAUUCACCAGUUCAGACUAAUUGCACCAUACUUUACCACUGCUGCAAUCCACUGUGCUUUCUUUUCUCCUCGACUGCUUGUGAUCGACCAGAGAGCAGGACUGGGUGGAAGGACACCUCUGACACCGAGGGGGAUCUUGUCCACCUGCUCAGAUCUGCAGAAAGCUCCAUACUCCCCCCAGAUCUCACAGGGAUACACAAAGAUGUAUCCACAGGGCCGGCAUCCGGCGCCUCAUCAGCCCGGGCAACCCGGGUUCAAAUUCACCGUGGCAGAAUCGUGUGACCGGAUCAAAGACGAGUUUCAGUUCCUGCAAGCCCAGUAUCACAGCCUGAAGGUGGAGUAUGACAAACUGGCCAACGAGAAGACGGAGAUGCAGCGUCACUAUGUCAUGUACUAUGAGAUGUCCUAUGGACUCAACAUUGAAAUGCACAAACAGACCGAGAUUGCAAAGCGCCUCAAUGCAAUUCUUGCUCAAAUCAUGCCUUUUCUGUCACAAGAGCACCAACAGCAGGUAGCGCAGGCUGUUGAGCGUGCUAAGCAAGUGACAAUGACCGAGCUGAAUGCCAUCAUCGGGGUACGUGGACUUCCCAAUCUGCCUCUCACCCAACAGGCCCAUGCUGUCUAUCCCACUCUGAUGCAGCAGCUCCAGGCUCAGCACCUCUCUCACGCGGCACACGGUCCUCCUGUCCAGCUGCCCCCUCACCCCUCAGGCCUGCAGCCCCCGGGCCUUCCCCCAGUCACGGGCUCCGGAUCCGGCCUGCUCGCGCUCGGAGCGUUGGGAAGUCAGGCCCACUUACCUGUCAAAGACGAGAAGAAUCAUCACGAUCUGGAGCACAGAGACCGGGAGUCGAGCACGAAUAACUCUGUCUCGCCGUCGGACAGCCUGAGGGCCAGCGAGAAACACAGGGCCUCGUCUGACUACAGCCUGGAUACAAAGAAACGCAAAAUGGAGGAGAAGGACAACUUAAGAUAUGACAGUGAUGGUGACAAAAGCGAUGACCUGGUGGUUGACGUGUCCAAUGAGGACCCACCCACUCCGAGGGGCAGUCCCUCUCACUCUCCCCCUGAGAACGGCCUGGACAAGGCCCGUGUGCUGAAGAAAGAUGCCCCUAACAGUCCAGCCUCUGUGGCUUCAUCCGGGAGCACGCCGUCUUCCAAAGCCAAGGAUCACCCUCAUAAUGAUAAAUCCUCGACGCCAGGCCUGAAGUCCAACACUCCCACCCCACGCAACGACGCACCCACCCCAGGAACCAGCAGUACACCAGGACUCAGGCCCAUCCCAGGGCCCAAACCCCUUGGCAUGGAGGUUUUGGCUCCUGCACUGCGGACUCCUCUGUCCUACGCUGCUCCAUUUGCAAUGAUGGGUCAUCACCCAGAGAUGAACGGCUCUCUCUCCGGUACAGGUGUCUACAGCCUCAUCUCCCCUCAGAUGAGUGCGGCCACAGCGGCAGCUUACGGCCGACCGCCCAUGCCUGGAUUUGAUCCACAUCCUCACAUGCGGGCUCCAGGUCUCCCAGCCAGCCUGACGUCCAUCUCUGGAGGAAAACCAGCGUACUCGUUCCAUGUCAGUGCAGAUGGUCAGAUGCAGCCCGUCCCUUUUCCUCCAGAUGCGCUGAUCGGCCCAGGCAUCCCACGCCACGCACGCCAGAUUAACACCCUGAGCCAUGGCGAGGUGGUGUGUGCCGUCACCAUCAGCAACCCUACACGCCACGUUUAUACGGGUGGCAAGGGAUGUGUCAAGAUCUGGGACAUCAGCCAGCCUGGCAGCAAGAGCCCCGUGUCCCAACUGGACUGCCUGAACAGAGAUAAUUACAUUCGCUCGUGUAAGCUGCUCCCAGACGGCCGCACACUGAUCGUGGGUGGCGAGGCCAGCACUCUGACCAUUUGGGACUUGGCCUCUCAGACGCCGCGCAUCAAGGCUGAACUGACCUCAUCAGCCCCGGCCUGCUACGCUCUGGCCAUCAGCCCUGACGCCAAGGUCUGCUUCUCCUGCUGCAGCGACGGAAAUAUCGCAGUGUGGGACCUACACAACCAGACCCUUGUUAGGCAGUUCCAGGGUCACACAGAUGGCGCGAGCUGUAUAGACAUCUCUCACGACGGCACCAAGCUGUGGACAGGUGGCCUGGACAACACCGUCCGCUCCUGGGACCUGAGAGAGGGACGACAGCUCCAGCAGCAUGACUUCACCUCACAGAUCUUCUCUCUAGGCUACUGUCCGACUGGUGAGUGGUUGGCUGUAGGGAUGGAGAGCAGCAACGUGGAGGUUCUCCACCACACCAAACCAGACAAAUACCAGCUACACCUGCAUGAGAGCUGUGUGCUCUCCCUCAAAUUCGCCUACUGUGGUAAAUGGUUUGUGAGCACAGGGAAGGACAAUCUGCUGAAUGCCUGGAGGACGCCGUACGGCGCCAGCAUUUUCCAGUCAAAGGAGUCCUCAUCUGUCCUGAGCUGUGACAUCUCCGCUGAUGACAAAUACAUCGUGACAGGAUCUGGUGACAAGAAGGCCACAGUGUAUGAAGUCAUUUACUAGAUUUAGGAGAGAUCCACUAAAUCCAAGGACCUGUGACCAGAGCUCUUUUUGGGCUCAUUAACAGUGGAGCCUGAGUGAUCCCUUACCCUUCCUCCAAAGACCUCCAAGAUCUGAAACUGGGGUUAUAGUUCAACUGGGAAUUAAUAUGUGAUGUUUUUUGAUCCUUUUUUUUUUUUUUUUUGUGAUACUGGACUCGUCUGCUACAGGACCUUUUGGAGAGACUGCUCAACAAAUCUGAGGACCGCCCACGGACGGCACUAAAGAAGUACAUAUUGUCUUGCCUUUUACAUUCGGUCUGGUCAUGAGAUUCUCCGGGUGUGUGUGCCUAUUCCUUCAGUCAUUAGUCCUUUAUUUUCUGCUUUGUUUUAACAAAAAGCAACUGAUCUGUGAUGCAACAUGAAGCAGUGCUUCAUUUUUAGCCUCCCGCUCCCUGGACGACUUGUGAAAAGUGUAUAUAUGGAGUAAUAAAAACAUUUUAUAAAUAUAUAUGAUUAUAUGUACAUAUAUAUAUUUCUUUGUCCUGGUAUACUUGUGAUGGGUUUUCUUUGUCCUCAUGUCCUCGAUGCUUGAUAAACCGUAGAUUAGGACCUACUUUUUUAAAAGGUGGAUUUGUCUUUUUUGUUUCGAUUUUUGUAAGCAGACUCUCUGGGUUGCCAAUUAAUGGCCCACUUCAGGGUGGACACGGUGUUGAACAAGGACCUUUAAAAAGCUUGGCUGGUUUGUUUUGGACAUGAAAGGUAUGCCGCAUCGGCCAUGGAUGAUGCAUUUUGGACAUUGUGGAUGGCGGUUUCACGGACAAUGCCAAAUAGCGUUAGACUCUGCCAAGUCCUGGAGAGCACCCAGAGGAACGUGGGGAGAUGUUUGUAAAUUAAAACCAAUAUUAAACUUGGACAGUUAACUAA